AUGCUCCCUGUCCUCCCCUGUCAACCUGGCCACGCACCUUCGAAAAAACUUGCGCCAACCCCUCUCUCCUGCGCACCAGGAGACCUUACACUUAAUCUCUGCAUGGCUGCGGGAGUGAAUCGUACUCGUGCUCAAGAAUCGUGGGCAAUCGCUAUUGUGGCAAUAUCCGCACUACUGGGCAAUUUCCCUGUCGUACAUUUGGUGAACAAAGUCGGUAUUCGAACAGUAUUCGCUAGUCUUGGUAUUCUUAGCGCCAUUUCUACGCUACUCAUUCCAACUACUAUCAGGGUAAGUAUUUUAGGCUAUUCUUCAGAUCGAGUAUUCAUCGUUUGGGAACUUAUUGUUAAUUAG